ACCACACAAAUCCAAGGCCCAAGGCCCAUGGCCGGCCGGUGAGAGUGGGACUCUCUCUCCUUGCCGUCAGAUUCGCCAUCCGGCCACGGCCAUCCCUCUCCUCUCCCACACAGACACAGUAAUAGAGGGGUCGAGGGCUAUAGGCUCUAGGCAGCGAGGCAGUUCGUGGUUCCCACCCACCAAACCGAACUCCACAACCUCCCCCGUCCUCUUCUUGGCUUCUCCUUGCCGACGCGAGCAUUAGCAAACCUUGGGGAAGGGAAGCCGAAGCAGCAGCAUGAACUGCGCGUCUGCCAUCCCGCAGCUACUCCAAACAGCAACGUCCUAGCCGACGAGAGCCUCCCUCCGCCACCUACCCACCCACCAACUCCCGCCCGUCGCCUCCGCUUGGCUUUUCGUCGAGCAGUUGGUUGGCACCUAACCCCCCAGGGCCGCGGGCCAGUAAGGCGGGAGAGUGAGGCAGAGGCACUGAGCCAAAGCCGGGAGAUGAAGAAGCUGUGCCAAGGCGGCAAGAAGGGGCGGCGGGUGCACCCGGCGCCGGCGGACGCGGACGCGGCCGUGGCGCUGCCGGCCGCCGUGCUGGCCCUGGCGUCGGCGCUGACGGCCGAGGAGCAGGAGGUGCUGGCCUACCUCCUGUCCUGCGGCGGCGCGGCGGUCGUGGGCGGCCGCCCGCGCCGCCGCCGCGGGCCCCACCCGCCGGAGAUGGGCUGCGCCUGCUUCGGCUGCUACAAGAGCUUCUGGGCGCGCUGGGACGCGUCGCCCAACAGCCACCUCAUCCACCGCAUCAUCGACGCCGUCGAGGACGGCGGCCCCCCGCGCCGCACGCACCGGCGCCGGCGCGGCGGUGGGCGCCGCGGUGGCGACGGCGGCGCGGGGAUGGGCAUGGACAUGGACAUGGGCCACCGCCGCCACGGCGAGUACGAGGGCGCCGGCGACGACGAGGAGGAGGAGGAGGUUGGGGGCAGCAGCAUGGACAGCGACGUGGACGGGGACGACGCGUCGGUGGCCAGCGAGGGUGACUGCAGCUUCGGCGACGCCGAGAAGAGCACGGUGGGGAGGCUGGUGCGCUUCAUCGGGGAGAAGGUGUGGGGCGCGUGGAACUGAUCGGGCUGGACUACACAUAAGGCAGUCCUUGUAGGUUAGAGGAGGGAGGGAACGAAGGAAGGUGGAGAGACAGACAGCCAACAAGGAGGCGGAGGUCUCGUCAAUGUCGGUAGCAGUAGCAGCCGUUUUCCUCUCUUCUUGCAGUCUGAUGAUGAGCGUGCGAGGAUCGAAGGGUAGGGGGUGGGAUUAUCCAAUCCAAUUCCACCUCACUUGUCCAUCCUCCUUCUCUGUACCAUAUUUUUGCUCCUUCGUUUCAGUUCAGCUCAGCAAUGAACUUCUUGCUCUUUCCCUUUCC